GAGCUAAUGCGACCAGUAGCAACAUUUCUGCGACCUUAAAGCCUUCACCAUCACCUAACUCUAGCGAGCGGAGGCUUUCUCUUUACCAUUGACUGCUGCACACACAUCUCGUGUUUCUCCAAAACAUGGCGGCCCUCAAAGCCCUUUGCAGAGUGGAGAAUGUUCUCUUCAAAAACAUCUCCGGCCCCCGCAGGUCCAAAUUAAACUUCGCUUGCAACCAGUUGAAAAAGACUUCUGGAUGUUCCUUUUCCACCUCCAGCCUGAGAAGUUCCCAGUUCUACUCCGAUCCCUCUGAGGCGGUGAAGGACAUCCCCGAUGGAGCUGUCAUUCUAGUUGGAGGUUUUGGAUUGUGCGGUAUACCGGAGAACCUCAUCAACAGUUUGUUGAAGAGUGGCGUUACAGGCCUCACUGCAGUCAGUAACAAUGCAGGAGUGGAUAACUUUGGCCUGGGCCUCCUGCUGCAGAGUAAACAGAUCAAGAGGAUGAUCUCCUCAUAUGUGGGAGAGAAUGCAGAGUUUGAGCGGCAGUAUUUGGCAGGAGAGCUGGAGGUGGAACUAACGCCACAGGGUACUCUUGCAGAAAGGAUCAGAGCAGGAGGUGCAGGGAUUCCAGCUUUCUUCACAGCCACAGGUUACGGAACCCUGAUCCAAGAGGGAGGCUCUCCCAUUAAGUACAAUAGAGACGGCAGCAUUGCUAUUGCUAGUGAGAAACGAGAGGUGCAGGAGUUCAAUGGCCGACACUACGUCAUGGAAAAGGCUAUCACUGGAGACUUCGCGCUGAUCAAGGCAUGGAAAGCUGACAAGGCGGGAAACAUUGUUUUUAGGAAAACGGCAAGAAACUUCAACCAGCCCAUGUGCAAGGCAGCCAAAACCACCAUAGUCGAGGUGGAGGAGGUGGUGGAGGUUGGGACGUUUGCUGCAGAGGACAUCCAUAUCCCCAGUAUCUACGUCAACAGAGUUGUACACGGACUCAGCUACGAAAAAAGGAUUGAGAAACGCACGGUAAGGAAAGGCCAAGAGGAGAAGCCUAAACCAAAGAAGGACUCAGACAUUGUUCGGGAAAGGAUCAUUCGUAGAGCUGCUCUGGAGUUUGAAGAUGGGAUGUAUGCUAACCUUGGAAUUGGCAUCCCCAUGCUGGCCAGCAACUUCAUCAAACCAGACAUCACCGUGCAUCUCCAAAGUGAAAAUGGGAUUCUAGGACUGGGGCCGUACCCUACGCAAGAUGAAGUGGAUGCAGACCUGAUUAACGCAGGGAAAGAGACUGUUACUGUGCUCCCAGGGGCCGCCUAUUUCUCCAGCGAUGAGUCAUUUGCCAUGAUUCGGGGGGGUCACAUUAACCUGACAAUGCUGGGAGCCAUGCAGGUGUCAAAACAUGGAGACCUGGCCAACUGGAUGAUCCCGGGUAAGAUGGUGAAAGGAAUGGGAGGAGCCAUGGAUUUGGUGGCCAGUGCUGGGACCAAGGUGGUGGUCACCAUGGAGCACUCAGCAAAGGGGGGAAAACACAAGAUCCUGGACAAAUGCAGCUUGCCUUUGACGGGGAAACAGUGUGUUGAUCGGAUCAUCACUGAAAAGGCUGUGUUUGAUAUAGACAAGAAAAAAGGCCUAACUCUGAUAGAAAUAUGGGAGGGUCUUACCCCUGAUGAUAUCAAGGCGUGCACGGGCACAGAUUUUGAGGUAUCUCCCAACCUGAGACCAAUGCAGCAAAUUUAGAGGAGUUUUUUUCUUUUUUUUUCAGUUUCAGGUGGUUUCAUGUGGGUUUGCUCUGCAGCAUUGAUAACUGAAUAAGACACAUGUGCAAUAACUAAAAACUGUUUCUUUUUGUGCUGCAAAAAUGAAUGUGGGACACUUAAAAGACUCACAGAAUGUGCUCCUGGAGGAAGAAGAAUGUCCCAUGAAUGGGCAUUUUACAUGUACCGGUAGCUAAGCAGUAAAAAGCAGUCUCAUUUAUGGUGGAGUAAAUGCAAUAUGCAGUUCAAGUAUGAUGCAUUUGUAGGGCAGAGAUGCAGUAGCUGAGGUGAAUAUUCCUUAAUCAUAAACAUGAGUUCCCAAAAACUGGUGCUGCACCAAAUGAGAAAAGAAGAAAAUAACAUCCUCUUUGCAUAAUCCAUCCGUUCUUUGAAAGAUUUACUGAUAUGUCAGUUGUUUUUGCUCAGUCUCAUGUUGUUCAAAUGUAAAACAAUAAGCUUUCAUAUUUUUACUCUGACAUUUGUUUUAUGAAAUAAACUACAGCCUGGUG